ACUCCGCCCUCGUGGUCUUUGUGACGUCACAGCUGGCCCGGAGAAUGGUUUCCUUGGCGACGUAAACGACAAAGCCCAGAAGCACAGACUGGAGAACUGUGGUGCUAAGGCUUGGAGCAGCCAGGGCGCGCGCGGCUGGUGAGGGUCUCCUUCAGCCAAUGGCAAGCUUUGAUUCAACUCCUUGGUCCUCAGCCAAGAUGUCUAAGUCCACUGGGGUCUCCAAGAAUGACAGGAAGAGUCUGGAACUCAGCAACAGUUCUUCUUUGGUCACUAACAAAUCGGAUACAGGUAUAAAAACAGGACAUGUGAACUGGGCUCCAGGCAGCCCAGUUAAUCCUUUCCAUAUGUCUGGAGAUGUGGAUAUCUUCUUGUUCAGAGAUCAGGAGCGGGAUAAGGCUAUCUCUGAGCGGGAGCAGAAGAAGACGAUGCGAGUAUAUGAGAAAAUGACAUACGCCUCCAAGAUGGCUGCCAAGAACAGAAGCCUGCGGCAGGAGCUGCAGCUUGAAGAGGAGUUGGAUGACCAGGAGCUGCAGGCUGAGAUUAAGAAGCUGCGCACCUUUAGUGAUAAUGCAGCCUGGAAGCUAAUCAUGACCAAAGAAAAGAAAUUGGAGCCUGAUUCAAUAAUCAACUACGUUGACCAGAAUCGAAAGAUGUUUCUUCUCCAGUAUACCCUGGAUAUGAAACGCAAUGAGAUCCAGCGGCUAGAGAUGUUAGCAACCUGGGAAGAGAUCAAGCUGGAGAAGGCUGAGAAGUCCUUGGAGAAGGAUGCAGCCUUGUUUGAUGAGUUCCUCCGGGAGAAUGACCGCAGCUCGGUGCAGGCCAUGAGACUGGCUGAGAAGGAAACAAGAGCCAAGGCAGAGAAGCUCAUGGAGAUCCAAAACCUCACCACUCAGAUUGUAAAUAUAAAAAGUGAAAUCUCCAGACAGGAAGACACUCUGCAGCAUUACAAGGCCUAUAAGGAUUUCCUGUAUCAGGUGUCUCCCAAGGAAUGGCUGGAUGAACAAGAGAAGAAGCGAUUGGCUCUCAAAAAGGCCAAGGAGGUUUCUGAGAUCACCAAAGAUGAGAGUGUGUCCUCCACACCAGUGGACAAAGGAUCAGGGUUCAAGAGCAAGAUGGUCUCCCUGUGGGCCAAAGAAUCUCAGGGCUUUAAGAAGCCCUGGAAGCUUCUGCAGGCUGUGAGGCUACGGCAGGGCCUAUCCAGCAGCAGCAUCCUCCAGCCUGCCAGUCAACCCAGUAUGUCUAUCAGGUUGGACUCCAAAGGGUUGAGCUCUACCCUCCCAUCCCAACAGUCUCAGGCGGACACUGACAGUGAAGGCGGAGAGGAGCUGCCACUGUACUUCACGGAGCCCCGGCAGCUCCUGGAUGUCUUCAUAGAGCUGGAAGAGCAAAACCUGUCACUGAUCCAGAACACGCAGGAGAUGGAGGAAAUGCUGGAUGAGCUGAAACUCACCUUGAAAAACACACAGAUUCGCAUGGACAGGGAGGUCAACCAGCUGAAGCAAUGGAUCACCACAAUGAUGAUGUCUAUUGCCAAGGAGGAGGAGACUGCUGCUGAGCUGGAGCUCAAAGCCCGAGUUUUCCACUUUGGGGAGUACAAGGGCGAUCAGCAGGACAAGCUACUAGACAGCCUGAAUCAUAAGGUGCAGGAUGUUUACCGGCACUGUGUGGGCACCCAACAAGAAGCUAACCUGGGCACCGUGCAGAUGCUCACCGUCAUUGAGCACCAACUGGAUGAGCUGCUUGAGAACUUGGAGCGUGUACCCCCUGCCAAGAUAGAGCAGGCUGAGAAGGCCAAGGAGAAGGAGAGGCGCAUGAGGCUUCGGGAAGAGAAACUACAGUUGCAAAAGCUGUUGCAGGAGGAGCGACUGCAGCGGGCUCGAGCCCGGGCCCAGGCUGAGAUCAAGAAAAAGCAAAUGCCUGAGAAAAGGACUGUCAUCUUGAUUCUCAUCUGAAACAGCUGGGAAACAAAAGCUAAUCCAUGCUGAAAUGUGCUGUCAGCCUCAAAAGACAAAAGCCAGAGGUAAGAUGACCAGAUGAGAUGAUUUCAACAACAUAUACACAGUUGCUCAAAUGAAGUAGGAUGAAAACAUUCGAUCUGUGACAGUACAAAAACUUUUAUUCUUUUGUAUUACGAGUUGGGCCCAUCACCAGCAGGAAGGGAGCCCUGGUGUCCAGCAGAACACUGAUAGCCUGUACCAAUAACUUGGUGGAAGACACUCACUGGGGACUGUGGGAGAAAGGGAGUAGCUCCUGGGUGCAGGUUCUCCUCCUGGAGGAGAUAAGGAUGCCUUGUUCUCCAUGGUGUGAGUAGGGUACUGGAUAACAUUGUGAACAAGUUCAACCCUUCAACUUGGGUCUCAGACAUAACACACAAACUUGUACAAAGGAACUAUUCUCAAAUGGCCUGUAAUUCCUUUGGGGGAAGCAGCAUCUGGGUAGGCAGCACCUCAGAGCAGGACACAGAGAGGAUUUAACACUCAAACUAGGCAUCCUUUACAAAAGCUGAAGUCCCAAAACCUGAGAAACCCAGAAAGGGAAGAGUUUGGAUGACUUUAUGUCUGAAUAUUUAACAGUAUCUGAAUAAACAUACACUUCAAAAGGCACAAGGAAAAAAUUUUUUCAGUCACCCAUGUUCAGUUUGUUAACUAACAAAUAUGUGCAAGAAAACCAACUUAGCUGCUUUUGCAAGACAGACCUUAUUUUGUAAAAAUAUAAGUGGACCUAUUAUAUGCACAUUUACAACCUCAACAGAAAACAUAUGUGUACCAUUAUUACAGUCUUACAUAUAUAGUAUUCAUAACAUUGCCUUAAAAACUUUGUCAAAUUACUAUUUAACAUGAAUACCCAAAUACAGAAUUUAGAAAUUAUUUUAAAAGUUUUAACUUUCCUAUCCUCAAAUUAUGAGCUAUCCAUUGGCUCUAGAAAAAAAAACUGUUGGACACCAAGACACACUAAUCAUUUUCUUCCCAAACUGUCUUGUCUGUUUUGCCAGAAUUUGGAUCAGAAUUUGGCUUCACUGUGACAAAAGGACAACUUUUGGCCUACAGUAUGGCAAAAAUGAUUCAUUCAUGAAAACCAUUCAGUGUUGAGAUACAGCCAGUCACAUCAGUUCUCAGAAAAGUGGGACUUCUAGAUCCUUCUUGGGAAAAAUACUGAAACACUGAAGCUGAAAAAUUGCAUUUGGAUUUACUACAAAGUUGUAUCUGAGCAGGGAACCUGUACUCAAUGCCACUUCCUGCACUGGUCUUUUCUUUUUCCCUUUUUAACACAAUGCAUGCUACACAGCUCAGAUCCAAUAGGAUCUGAGAAAAGGCUGUAAAGCACCCAGCUGAGCAUGGACAAAGCUGAGCCUCACCAAAGCACUUUGCCUAUAAAGGCAUUUUUGAAGAGUACAGCUUCAACUGGUUCCUGAUAAAACAGAAAGAAACAUUUUUGAUAAACGUACUCAAAAGUCUCUAUAAGAAUAAGGCUGGACUUCUAGGCAGAAACCAAGUGGGGUCUCCCCAGGCCCUGUACCAUAUCAUCUGAGUCAUCCAGGAGGCAUAGCUGGAAAGUGGCCCUGAUCUCAUUCAGGCAGGGGCUGUUGUCACUGCAGGUCUCGCAAGUUGAUAGUGCUUCCUAGCACCUGUGCAGUCUCAGGCCCAGCAAUACCUCCAGGUGCUGGGAGCACCUCCUGCAAAACCAAGUGGAGCAGUGAGGAGGGAAAGAGGAGGAAGGCAGAGCAGAGGUUAGGUUCUAUAGUCAGGAACACAGAACACAGCCCUGCAGCUUCUUACAACAGGCAAUUAAACCCUGAGGGGCCAACAGUAAUAAGGGACCUGACCUUUCUUAAUUCAAAACAUCAUGUUCUUCUCUUAUUUUAAGCCUGUAUUCCUUGAAAGAAAACAUGCCAAAUUAUCUUUUAAAAGAGGGAAAAUGAACUCAAUAACUAGAAGUUUUUCUAGAUUUUUCCCCUAUACUUACACAUAUUCAAACACCCAUGUAUCUUUUUAGAAAAAUGAAAGCAUUUUUGUUUAGUUUUGAAAUGCUUUUUACAUGUAGCACGUGGUAAGCAGCCUAUUGGCUAUCACAUGUCUGAGUGUGCCAUCAACAGCUGAGCAGGAGGUGAGCCAGUGCCAUGCCAGCACCAUCGAACCUGCCUCCCUCUAAUGGAAGAAACACUCUUCCUUUGUCAUCAUCAGACUACAAAAUGUGGUGAACAUUUUUGUCUAGUUUAUAACCUAAUUUCUUUAUAAAUGGUCUCAUGAGUAGAUUUGCUGGGCAGAAUAGACAGUUCUGAGGUUUUUCUGAUAUAUGCUACCAAAACGUUCUCUAUUUUACCUUCCUCCAGUUGUCUAGAAGCACAGCCCCUCUGCCUCCUGUAAGUGCUUUAUUUGAUAACUUGUUUUCAAUAUUAUGUGAAAUGUUCAAAAGCUCAGUUUCAAUGGAACAAAUUAAACUAUGUGAAUGGAUUUAAAAAA